UCUCGUGAUAACCGUGAUACUUCUCGAGUGGGCUAUCGAUGUGAUGGUUGUUUUUACGAGCUAGGAUUUGAAAUAAUUAAAAUCUGAAAACUCAUACCCGGUCUCGGCCGUGCCAUGUCGGUGUACUACACCGCGUUGGUCGUUUUUCGAGCAUUUACAUCGGUUCUUAUGCACGAUGGUUACGUACAUCCCGACGAAUUUUUUCAAACGACCGAAAUCAUCACUGGUGAUUUGUUUGGAGUAGUACAUGAUCGUCCUUGGGAAUUUAAUAAAGAUGCUCCAGUAAGAAGUAUAGGUUUAUUAUAUGGCAUCUUCGGCAUGCCGUUAUAUAUAGCCAAGUGGAUUUUUAAAUUGUAUAAUAUUCCAUGGAAUCCUUUUACGUUGUUAGUUGUUUUUCGAUUAGUCACUUGUGCAAUAUCAUUUAUAACUGAUUAUUCUUUAUAUAAGAUCUGUAAAAUACUCAAACUUAAGCCUAAUCGAUAUUUAUUACUUCUUUCAAGUUCGUAUGUUAUAAUUGUUUUUGGUACCAAGACUUUUACUAACUCUGUGGAGUUGGCUCUGGUAUCUCUUUUGUUAUGGAAAGUCAUUGACUGCAUGGUUUUUUCUGAACAAGUUUUAGCCACUCAAAAUGAAAUCCAAAACACUUAUGGGCAUAGUACAUCAAUAACUGAUAAAGUAAUUAUGAGCCGUAAGCUGCGUCAAUUACCUAGUCAUCAUUUUCGUCAUUGUUUAGAAAUCGGUACCAUUUUAGCUGCUGGCACCUUCAACAGACCAACAUUUGUAUUGUAUGCUAUUACUCCUAUAUUUUAUUGGAUAUCUAGAGGAUUUUCAAAAAACUAUAAUCAAUUUUUAAGAAUCUUUAAUUUACGGUUUUUAGUAAUAUUUCUCAGUAUCAUACCAGGAAUGUUUGUAUUCAUAAUGGUCGAUUCAUUUUACUUUGAGCAUGUAACAGACAAUGAAUUAAAUUUAGUAGUAACACCUUUAAACUUUAUCAAAUACAAUUUAAAUUCUUCAAACUUGGCAGAACACGGUAUUCAUUUUCGAGGAACCCAUUCAAUUAUAAAUGUUCCUCUACUUUUCAAUGUUAUGGCUCUAUUAUUUGUAAAACGUCUACAAUUGAUAAAUUUAAUGAAAAUCAUUAAGAAUCACCAUUACCACUUAUUACCAAAUAUUCACGAAGUGAACACUUUGAUGAUGGCCAAUGUAAUCAUUCCAUUGUUUUUGUUAUCUGUUUUUCCUCAUCAAGAACCUAGAUUUCUUUUACCACUUUUAUUACCUAUUGUAUUUACUACUUCCAAAUAUUUUUCUAGUCAUUACAUCAAGGGUAGUCCCCGCAUUCUACCUAUUUGGAUUUGUUCCAACCUAAUUGGACUCAUAUUCUAUGGUUACCUGCACCAAGCUGGUGUCCUUCCGAUGAUCUCAUACAUAUUUAAAGAUAUUAAAAAUGUCUCUGAUGUCCAUAUUAUUCAUAGUCAUAUAUAUUCUGUUCCUAUUGGAUUAUUAAUGGUUCCUCAAUUAAAUGAAAGUAAACCAUACAUGAAUUAUCAACACAUCAAAGUUUACAAUCUUGGUUCUUCAUUGGAUCCGGAUAUGUUGUGUGAUACUGUGAAAAAUAUUAGUAAAACUAUUGACUACAAAAAUAGACAUGUAGCUUAUAUUGCCAUGUCUGGUCCAUUAAACCAGCACUUUGAGUUAAUUGGUAAAGUGUCAAAUCUUACAUAUACAAAACAAAUAUUUUUCCCUCAUUUGUCAAUGGAAUCAUUGCAUUUUACAUCCAUAACAAAUGCAUUUGUUGAUAAAAAUUAUGCAUACUUUAUUAAAUGGAAGGAAUUGUUUGACAUAUUUUCCCUUAUACUUUACAAGAUUACAAUAACGACUGAAUAACAUAAUAUCUUAUUAUUAAUUUUAAAUUAUUAUUUAUACAUU